UGUCAUUUCCUUAAACAUAUUUAAGAGAGAAAUAGACGAAUCAGCCAUGGAAGCUAUGAAGGAGAUGGUUGACCAAGAGUUAGGAGAAUUGAGAGAGACGUUCACGAGCGGGAGGACAAAGAGCUUAAAGUGGAGGAAGAGACAGCUUAGUGCCAUAAUCGAGAUGGUCAAAGACAAAGAAGAUGAGAUAUGUGAAGCUCUGUUUCAAGAUCUUGGCAAACACCAUACCGAAGCAUAUAGAGAUGAGCUUGGUAUUGUCAAGAGAUCAGCCACUACUGCUUUAAAAUGUCUCGAUCAAUGGGUCCUCCCCAAAAAGAGCAAACUUCCUCUGAUAUACUUGUCAGUUAAAGGGAAAGUGAUCUCAGAACCAUUAGGAACUGUUCUGAUUUUUUCCAGCUGGAAUUUCCCCAUCUCUUUGUGUUUAGACCCACUCAUUGGAGCAAUAUCAGCAGGGAAUACCGUGAUGAUCAAGCCAUCUGAGUUAAGCCCUAAUGCUUCUUCUUUCCUCGCUUAGACGAUUCCAGCUUACCUAGACUCUCAAGCCAUCAAAGUUAUGGAAGGAGGUCCCGAUAUAGCCACGAUCCUCUUGCAGCAUAAGUGGGACAAGAUCUUCUUCACCGGGAGCCAGAAGGUAGGACGGAUCGUGAUGUCUGCAGCUGCACAGCAUUUAACUCCAGUAACCUUGGAGCUUGGUGGAAAAUGUCCGACCAUUCUUGAUGAUAGAUCAAUCUCACGGGAUAUCAAGACGGCUGUGAAGACGAUUUCAGGAGGAAAAUGGGGAUUCUGUAGUGGACAAGUUUGUAUCGGUGUGGAUUAUCUUCUUGUAGAACAAAGAUUUGCGCCUUCUCUGAUUGAUAUGUUGAAACAAACGAUCAAAUCGUUCUACGGUGAAAACCCUAAAGACUCUGGAUGUAUCUCAAAGAUCGUAAACAAGAAUCAUUUCUUUAGGCUGUCCCGUUAUCUCAGUGAUCCUCGAGUCAAAUCUUCGAUCAUUCAUGGCGGUUCCACAGACGAAGAGAAACUGUAUAUCGAGCCAACAAUCUUGUUGGACCCUCCUCUUGAUUCUGAGAUCAUGACAGAAGAAAUAUUCGGACCAAUCCUUCCGAUUAUUACAUUACGUGAUAUACAAGAAAGCGUAGAGUUCGUCAGGUCAAGACCAAAGCCUCUUGCCAUUUACGUAUUCUGUAACACCUGCCUCUCAUCAUUUUAAGACGGUAUGCCACCCACUUAACUUUCUAACCAAGUUACCACUCUUUCAAUUCAAAAUCAAUACUCUUUCAUAAAUAGAACUCAAAGUAGUCUUGCAAAGCCGAACUCAUACUCAAAAUAACCUCAAUAGAUCCUUAAAGAAAAGAAAAGCCAUUUAAAAGAAAGCUAAGUGUUUUAGGUCCCCAAGAUCAAACAAAUGAACACUAACACCACCACAAUGUGAUCACUGCUGCUGCUCCUGCUCACCUGCGAAAGAGGGGAAAGGGACAGGGAGGGGAUGAGUAAUUUAGAUUACCCAGGAGAAUGCAUACAUGUGGUCCACCACACAUAUCACAACCUAAACAUGUCGCUAGCCAUCAGCUAAACGAACAAGUAUUCACAACUAUUCAAUAAUCAACAAUUAACAAACAAUCAUAAUAGGUCUAGGUAGGAACUACAUCUACCAUAACCUCAACAAGCAAUCAUAUCAGGUCUAAGUAGGAACUGCAUCUACCAUAACCUUAACAACCCUACAAGUGGAACUGCAUCACUUCAACUAUUGGUAUAGGUAGGAACUGCAUCUACCGUAAUCCCAAACAAUCCGAUAAGUGGAACUGCAUCACUUUCGAACCUCAUGUCUAGGUAGGAACUGCAUCUACCGCAACAUCAACAAUCCGAUAAGUGGAACUGCAUCACUUUCGGCUCCUAAUGCAAUUGUGCUCUUAACACUCUAUAUGCAAUGCAACUUACAAUUCUCACAAGCAAUCAAACAUCAAACAGCAAUCAACAAUAUUAACUGUGGUCCUAGAUCUAUGUUCAAAAACAAGUAAAAGUAAAUCACAACACACAACAAGAAAAUAUAAGUUACGCCAUAAGCGCAAUCUGCAGGGGAAGGAAAUCUGCUUAUCCUUAACCAGAGACAAGCGCGGAAGAUAAUACGGGAGGGAAGGCAUGGAUACAUCCUCACCUUUCACGGAUUGAAUGAACAGCUCAAACGAAAGGGGUUAAGGUUUAGGGAUCUAACGACAAGAAGCAGAAAACUCAAGAAGACGGCAAGACGGUGCAAACGAACGGCGACGGCGGAUCCUCUCUCCCUCGGCGGUGGGCGGCGUUGGCUGAAGGUUAGGGUUUAGGGUUUCUAUCUCUGAGUGUUCUGGGAAUUGUGAUGACAAUUCUGACUCUCUAACUCUUUAUAUAGAAGAAAGGGGACUCUAGAGUUAGGGUUUUUAUAACCUAAUGGGCUUAACAGGCUUUUGGGCUUCAAACAUUAAAGAAAAAAAAUAACAGGCCAGUUUAGCGAAACCAGGAUGUUACAAUUCUCCCCCACUUGAAAGGAAUUCGUCCCCGAAUUCAUGGGACUACUUCUCUCCCACUUGGUUUCCGACCAAACUUUCAAAUGGAUCUUUCCCAAUGGACCUUCUACUUCUAGGGUUCUACUCUAUAGGCAAACAAAAGUAAACAACUGGAUGACAAUACUGAAGAUAAUGAAAAUACUAACUUACAGAGCUUGGAGAGCAGAGCGAUGCGGUGAGGUGUGUUCUGUUUUACUUUUGCAAAAUCCUCAAACCCCAUUUAAAACUUUUGAAAAUGUUUUUACUUUGAAAACACAGUCUCCUGGGUCGGAACCGGUUUGACUUGUAACCAGGCUCUGAUACCACUCUGUAACACCCGCCUCUCAUCAUUUUAAGAGGGUAUGCCACCCACUUAACUUUCUAACCAAGUUACCACUCUUUCAAUUCAAAAUCAAUACUCUUUCAUAAAUAGAACUCAAAGUAGUCUUGCAAAGCCGAACUUAUACUCAAAAUAACCUCAAUAGAUCCUUAAAGAAAAAAAAGUCAUUUAAAAGAAAGCUAAGUGUUUUAGGUCCCCAAGAUCAAACAAAUGAACACUAACACCACCACAAUGUGAUCACUGCUGCUGCUCCUGCUCACCUGCGAAAGAGGGGAAAGGGACAGGAGGGGAUGAGUAAUUUAGAUUACCCAGGAGAAUGCAUACAUGUGGUCCACCACACAUAUCACAACCUAAACAUGUCGCUAGCCAUCAGCUAAACGAACAAGUAUUCACAAUUAUUCAAUAAUCAACAAUCAACAAACAAUCAUAAUAGGUCUAGGUAGGAACUACAUCUACCAUAACCUCAACAAGCAAUCAUAUCAGGUCUAAGUAGGAACUGCAUCUACCAUAACCUUAACAACCCUACAAGUGGAACUGCAUCACUUCAACUAUUGGUAUAGGUAGGAACUGCAUCUACCGUAACCUCAAACAAUCCGAUAAGUGGAACUGCAUCACUUUCGAACCUCAUGUCUAGGUAGGAACUGCAUCUACCGCAACAUCAACAAUCCGAUAAGUUGAACUGCAUCACUUUCGGCUCCUAAUGCAAUUGUGCUCUUAACACUCUAUAUGCAAUGAAACUUACAAUUCUCACAAGCAAUCAAACAUCAAACAGCAAUCAAAAAAUUAACCGUGGUCCUAGAUCUAUGUUUAAAAACAAGUAAAAGUAAAUCACAACACACAACAAGAAACUACAAGUUACGCCAUAAGAUAAGCGCGGAAGAAAAUCCGCUUAUCCUUAACCAGAGAUAAGCGCGGAAGAUAAUACGGGAGGGAAGGCAUGGAUACAUCAUCACCUUUCACGGAUUGAAUGAACAGCUCAAACAAAAGGGGUUAAGGUUUAGAGAUCUAACGACAGACGGCAAGACGGCGCAAACGAACGGCGACGGCGGAUCCUCUCUCCCUCGGCGGUGAGCGGCGUUGGCUGAAGAGGAAAGGGGACUCUAGGGUUAAGGUUUUUAUAACCUAAUGGACUUAACAGGCUUUUGAGCUUCAAACAUUAAAGAAAAAAAAUAACAGACCGGUUUAGCGAAACCGGGAUGUUACAUAUUCACCAAAAAUGACAACCUCAAAACCAGAAUCUUGUCGGAGACAUCCUCAGGAAGCGUCACGUUUAACGAUGUCAUGAUCCAGGGUGUUUGCGAUGAGUUACCAUUUGGAGGAGUGGGAGAUAGUGGCAUGGGGAGGUAUCAUGGUAAAUAUUCUUACGAAUGUUUCAGCCACGAGAAAGCGGUCAUGGAAGGAAACUUGGCCGUUGAGCUAGAAGCUCGAUAUCCGCCAUGGAACGCAUACAAGCUUAGCUUCAUUAGGCUCGGUUUUGUUGAAGAUUUGUUCGGCCUUGUCCUUCUCAUGUUAAGGUUUUAUGUCACUACUUUCUUUAAAUAUAUUCUCAAAAUAUGAUAAGCUAGAGAGACUUUAGGACAUGUAUAGUGUUCCGAUCUCAAGCUCAAACCCCCUAUAUGGGACCUCCAUUUGUUGUUUUCGUAAGUUAUGUUUCCUGCUUUUCUUUGUUUAUAUAGCUCGCUUUCAGCAUUUUUCAUCGAUUUUUAUUAAUAAACUAGUAAGUU